AUGACAGAGUGGCUAAGAACAUAUAUAAAAGCUGUAUUACCGAGCAUUGGACAGUUGUGUUCCAAGCGACAAGUACCAGCAUCGCAAACAACUCAUCCGGAAAUCCACUUCACAAUGGCUUGGUCUACCGCACUUACAAUGUCUAGCGCCUUUGACGACCUUCUCAAGAAGGUGUUCUGCUUGAUAUUCUUUUAUCUCGUGGUCAAGUACACGUACCGGAUGUUCUUGUCUCCCCUUGCCAGUUUCCCCGGGCCGAGGGUUGCUGGUAUCACCAAACUCUACGAAGCUUAUCACGUCCUGCUAAAGAAUGACUGGCUCGAGAACCUCGUCUCACUCCACGAUCAAUAUGGUCCUGUCGUCAGAAUUGGGCCCAACGAACUCCACUUUGUCGACAACAAAUUCAACCUCGAUCAUCACCGACGCCCUGACCUCUUGAAGUGCAAUAAUUACUACGGUCUUCUUGACAAGCUCCUCGGUGGAUUGGCCAGCCCUACAAAACAUGCGCAGAGGGCGGCAGUCAUGCGGCCAAUCUUCUCUGGUCAGACGUUGGCUGAGUACUCCAAGACCUUGGAUAAACAUCUCGAGUCUCUUCAUUCGCGCCUCGCAGAUGCUAUUUCGAACAAGGGAUCCGUCAACCUGACACACUACUUAUGGGCUUACACCAACGACGUCAUGAUCUCGUACCUUACCGAAGAAAACUACGGAUUUCUCAAGGUCUACGACUUGCAAGCCACUCACGAUGCGACACGAGCCUUUAGUGCCAUUGACCUCGCCACGGUGCUGAGAUGCAUGCCACCAAUCAAGAUCGUGUUCGACUACGUUCCAGCUCUUCGGGCUUUGUCGCCUCUAGGAUGGCUUGACAACUUGAUGAGCUCUCACGUCAGACCCAUGGUUAAGUCUUGGGACGAUGAGAAUAGUCACCAGAGUGUCUUGGCACGGGUAUUCAACGAGAUUGGAAACGAGACUCAUACCGUGCAUGAAUCAUCUCAGGCGAUUUUCAUUGGUAAUGAGUCUCUUCUUAGCAACCUGACGUUUGUACUACACCGCCUCAUCCAAAACCCGGAAUGCAUCAAGAAGAUUCGAGCCGAACUAGAUACUCUGGAUAUUGGUACCUAUGGGCACCGAAUUUGGAGGGACCCGAAAACCACUCAAUUGCGAUAUCUGGUAAUUGGCCCCUCGAUGUUGAUCCACACCAGACAGAACUUGGCACUGACCCUUUUCCAGGAUGCUGUAUGCCGAGAAUCAUCCCGUUUGAGCUCACCCAGCUGGCAUCGACAACCACGACAGAGCGAUACUCCGAUAGAAUACCAAGGAGCAAUCAUACCUCCGAUGACGAGCGUGAGCUUUACCCUAUACCUGCUCGAGCGCGACGCUACCCUGUUCCCGGACCCGAAUACGUUCAAGCCCGAAAGGUGGCUGAAUUCCAACCAAGACUCGAAGACAACCAAGAGUCACUCCGUGUCGUUUGGUACUGGCACACGAACAUGUUUAGGGCAACAGUGGGUUUUCCUUACCAUCUAG